AUGGUGCAGCCUGUGCUUCUGUCAAUCGUGUCUUGCUUUGCCUUAUUGAGAAGGGUAUUGAAUUUGAAACUGUACCUGUGGAUCUUAAGAAAGAAGAAAGGAGAGAAUAAAAGCCCUGAUUAUCUCAACUUACAGGUUUCUAUUUUUUCCUAUUUCUUUUGUAUAUUCAUUCUGGCCAUGAUUUGCUCUGACUUUGCUUCUAUUUCCUGUCAAUUCAAGCCUUUUGGAGUAAUUCCUGUAAUUCAAGAUAGAGAUUACACUUUAUACGAAUCACGAGCAAUCAUAAGUUAUAUUGCAGAAAAAUACAAGUUCCAGGGGACUGAUUUGCUUGGAAAGAGCAAUGAAGAGAGGGGCCUGGUGGAGCAAUGGCUAGAGGUGGAGGCACCGAACUACCACCCCCAUGUUUACAACUUGGCCAUUCACGCAUUAUCUGCCUCAGUCUUGGGAUUUCCUCCAGAUGAGAAGCUCAUCCAAGAGAGUGAAGCAAAGUACUUAGCUGGGGAUUUCUUUAGCCUUGCUAAUCUUAGCCACCUUCCCUUUAUGCACUGCUUGCUUGGCCCCCAUCAAUAAGGAGCAGAAAGUUUGUGAGUUCUUGUUGGGAUGAUAUUAGCAACAGGCCAUCUUGGACGUAGGUCCUCCAACUAUGACUUUUGGGUAUCUAGAUCAAUGUUGAAGGGCUUUUAUUUAUCAUUUUUUUUUUUGGAAAAUUUCUUCCCAAGUCCUC